GCAAGGAAAAGUGCUCAUUCAUUCGUACGGUCACUACCAUGCAGGCAGCUCAGUCAGGACCAUCUGCAGCAGCAACAGCAGACAUGUAGGGAAAUGACACAGAGCAUCUCCAAAGUGAUCAAAAAAAAUGGACUGAAGAAUAAUGUGCCUCGGCUGUCAUCGUAACCACCGCCACCAUGUUCCCGGGAGUUUUCUAUGCAUUGCUGGCGGGUUUCCUCGGAGCCGUGGCGUCGUCGUCGGCCAAACUGUCCCUGGGAGCCGACUAUCUGAAGGGAGUCUGUGAAACCGGACUCCGGACGUGGGGCGAGCAGCGGAAAUUCAGACAUGCGGACGAAACCACAGCAUGUGACCGGCUCCACAUCCCUCUGAGGCUGCUUUGUGGCGGUCUCCUUUUCACCUGCAACGCUGUGAUGUGGACCUUCCUCGCCAAAGCACUCAGGUACUCCUCUUCCUCCACCCGAACCACUGUGACCACCACUGCCUCCAACUUCGUAUCUUCCGCUUUCCUGGGCCAGCUGAUCUUUGGGGAACCCCAGAUAACACUGUGGUGGGUCGGGAUCUCUUUGACCUUUUCAGGUCUGUUGGUACUGCAGAGGAUUUCACCACAGGACAGGCAUCAGACUGCAGUCACGACAAAGGACGAUUAGCACGUUCUCUCCACUAGCUGGCUGUGCUGUGUUCAGGCUGACACCUGCUCUGCUUUUAACAAAAGCCAAAGACAAAUAAAAUCCGAAAGCAACGGUUUUAUUCAACCAAUUUGCUCUUUAACUGCAGCCCAGGUGCAUAAUUCAAAAAGCUGCAAUCCUUCAGUGAAAGAACAAGAGGUCUUCCAGUCAUGGCAUUUAAAAUAAACCAAUCCCCUUUGUCUAAUGUUUUAAGAUAUGUUUGCCGUUAAAGGAUCCACUUAUAUAGCACAGCUACACUCUGGCUUGUGGAGAUAAACACAUGCCAUAAAACUGAUGCCUGGUUCCAGCUUCUUGCAAGCUCUUAAAUCAUUCUGUGAACAGGUUCACAAUGAGAGAGAGAGAGGAUUAUUUUAGCUUUACAUCUUUUGCUGUAUAAUCAGACAACUAUAGCACAAAAAUCACGAGGUAAAAAAGGAUGGGACAGAAAUAUAAAGACAAAAACAAAUAAUGGAAUGUCUUUGAAAAAAAAAGAUUUGAAAUACUCCACAGUUGGGUUGGGUGUCAGAGGUUGAUAUCAUUCUCAUGUUUGUGGAAUAAACAGUAAGAUAUUGUCAGUAGCUAACACAACGCUGCAGUCCAUUUACUUUCCAGAACUAAAACUUCAGACAAAAUCAACAGGAAGAGCCUUUAAAAUUAAAAAUCAAAGUUGAAAAUUUGGUGGCUUCUCACAUUGUACUGCCUCAAAAUCCAAUACAGUUGCCACAUAUUCAGAGGGCAUAUGUCAUCAUUUCAUUUACAACUUUUAUUUUUCAGCUGUCGCCACAUCAGUAGUUCAUCAUGGCAAUUUGUAUGUUCAUGUCUUAAAUUGUAAAAUGUUUUUAAAAAUGACCACAUAGCAGCUGAAAACCUAGCAGAAAGUUGAUAAAGAGUGAUGGCAUUAUGCUUUUAAUGCCAAACUCUGUCAUUAGUGCAAAACACAGCGGCCGUCCAAGAAGAAAAUAAUGUUAGCAAAGUCUCCGGCUCAAAUUUGAGUUCAUAAAGGGAUUCAUCCAGGCAGGAGGAAGUCAGAAGAAAUGUUUUAUGAUAGCUUGAAGACCUGACGGACCGGCUUUGGAAGGGAAGACAUGCAUUCUUGUUUUGAAAACAAACGUGGCUACCAAGGCUUUUUUGUCAUCCAACAGUAUUUUCAAGAUUAUGUUAUAUUUCUGUUUCAUGCUUUAUUAUUUUAUGGUGUUAUGGCCCUAAUUAUGAUAUAUUUACUUUCAAAAACUGUAAAUGGAAUUCCAAAAGUUUCUAUCUCCAAUCAGUCACGCACAGUACUGUACGACCUCUCUUGGUUAACAUGUUACUACAGUGUUCGAGCAACAGGAAUACACACCUCAUAGUUACCUUAUUAUGAUGUAAUUAAAAAUUAGACUUAAAAAAAUUACAGUCCUUUUAAUUUCUGCUAGUCACUGAAAGCUAUUUAAAUUGAUUCAUGCAAAUAAAACAUUUGGCUGUUUAAUCACCUCUCCUGUGACAUUUAAUAUGGCCACAGAAAUGUCAGUGAUAUCACUGUUUUCAUUAGUCAAAAAUAAGUGCAUUUUUGUUGAAUUUGGACCUAUAUUUUUGGAGGUAAAGGCCACUGGUUUUGUAAAAAAAAAAAAAAAGAAAGAAAAAAAGAAGAAAAAAAACUGUGAGGUCAUACUUUGGCUUAUGGACUGAUGUUUUUGACGUGUGAUGCUCAGCAUCAGUGAGCAUCGGUGAUUUAAAAAUCAAAGGUCUUAUGCAGCAGUCGCUUUAUAAACAUAUAAAUAUUUUUUAAAUUAAGUGUGGGUCACAAAGUAUACCUUCCGAAAACACUGCAGUAUUUACUAUAAAUUAUUCUUAAAAUAAGGCCUUAAUUUAAGAAACACAAACAAAGCUAACAAGCACUGUGCUGCUUUUAUAAAUUGUGAGAGCUCAGUGCUAUAAUAUCUUAAAGGCAAUCAAUUAAAACUGUACAAUGUGAGACGAAAGAAAUACUUGCUUGUACAAUUUAGUGCUAGAGCAGAAAAAAAUGACAUGCGUCAAACAGCGAUCUUGGUCCAAAACGGAAUGAAAAAUAAGAGCUAAUUUUAGUGAGUGAAAAAUUUGGGACACACGUUUUGUUUGACUUCUAACAUAUCAGUGUUGUUCUAGGUAAUUGUGGUCAGUAGCAAAACGUGCACAAGAUUUAUUUCCUGCUUCAUAAGCGUAGCAGUUUGUUUUCUACAUCGAAAAUAGGAAUGGCCAGUGUCUCCGCUGUUCUCUGCGCAACUCUACCUACAACCAAACAUUGCUUAGCCACAGCACACAGAGCAGAUCAUAUGACCCAAAAACAAAGGAGGCUGCAGCAACCAACACAGUCUCUCUAUUACAGUAGAAGAAGUGAGAAACAUUUAGAUUGUCUGGGAAACAGCAGUUUUUUGAGUCUAACAAAAAAAUAUGACCGCUGUAAUGCCGUUUUGCAAUUCGCACACAUCAUUGUACCAUGAUUUAAAAAAAAUCAUGGUAUAUGGCCGCACAAUAUGCGGCCAUAUACCUUUCUUGCUAAUGCUGUAUGUGUGGCUGAUAUGAAUUUAGACGUAAUACCAACAACAGGAAACAGGAGUUCAUUUUAUUUAAUGACUAUACCAGUUACUUAAAAAAGCCUUGAUCGGUACGUCACCAUUUACUUAUUAAACCUAAAGGUUAUGGCCGUCUUUUUUAUACAGCAUGUCCAGGAAUGAGGUAACCCAUUUAAUAAGCAUACAUGUUAUAGGAAGGUAAAUGCUAAAUCUUAUAUACCAUCAACGUUACUGGCAGUGAUCAUUAUCUCACAGCUGAGCAACCCCUUAAUGCCUAUACUUGUCCUUUAGCUACUGUGACGCUCACUGCAUUCAUUGUACGGCACUGUUUAAGGAAGGCCCGCCCCUGGCUAACAAAGUGCACUCUUAUUCUUAGAAACUGAUAACUGUUCUAAUGUAGCGCUGCGAGGCUUUCUCUCUGUGUUUACAUUUUGCCAUUUCUUUGUUGUUCUUACUUGAAUCUCAGUUUCUGCACAUGACUGUGAAACGUACUGUGUGUUGAUUCUAAGGCAGCUGCUGCACGUCAGCCACAUGACGUUUGUGCACGUUUUUCUCCCCCCCCGAAAUGCUGAAUAAAUCACACCAAAGCAUCCUCGAGCAUCAAUCAGCAUCAGAGCGACAUACCUGUGAAUUAUUUAAACUCAACGGGGGUCCGGCGUCAGCUUCUUUAAUCACCUGUUUGCUAAUUUAUAUUAUGAACAACGCUCUUUAGCAUAUAAAUUCUGUUUUUUUUUUGUUUUGUUUUUUUUACUUAGUAGAAUUGAGUAUUUCCUUUGACAUCUUAAGGUUAUAAAACUUGACAACUGCAGGAUUACUGUAAUUCCAAUAACAGUGGUGAUGUCCAUCUGGCCUGCAUGUCUCCGCUGCCUGUGGUUGACGUUGGAGAUCACACUGUGAUUGGUUUCUGACAAGAAAUUAUAAAAAUGUGUAACAAUUAGAUAUGUUUCAGUCAUGUAUGCACAGAUUUGAUCGAAUAUGUUUCAUAAAGCAGCUUUUGACAGGGUUUUAGGUUCACACUAAGUCGCUGUUGUUU